GCUUUAUUGCGCUUUCAUUCCUGUUGAGUACAGCCAAUUUACGUCUUUGACUACCUCCUAGCAAACAUUUCAAUAUGGCUGCUUCCGGUGAUAGUCUGCCUAGGAUGCAGUAUAGGUUCCUGGGGCGAUCAGGUCUCCAGGUUUCCAUCAUCUCUAUAGGUGGAUGGGUUACAUAUGGCGGUGCGGUUGGUGACGACAUCGCUUUUGAAUGCAUGAAAGCAGCCUAUGAUGCCGGAAUCAACUUCUUCGAUUGCGCUGAGGGCUAUGCCGAAGGCAAGUCUGAGACGGUCAUGGGCAAGGCAAUCAAGAAAUUUGGAUGGAAAAGGAACGACCUAGUCAUAUCAACCAAGAUCUACUGGGGUGGUGCUUUUGGCGACAAUCCCGUGAACAACGGCGGUCUUUCGCGGAAACACAUCAUUGAAGGCACUGAAGCAUCUCUCAAAAGACUCCAACUCGACUAUGUCGAUCUGAUUUAUUGUCAUCGGCCGGAUAGGAAUACGCCAAUCGAGGAAACUGUUCGAGCCAUGAAUUACCUCAUCAACACUGGCAAGGCCUUCUAUUGGGGAACUUCAGAAUGGAACAGCGAAGAGAUUGCAAUGGCAUGGGCGUGCGCCGAGAGACUGAACCUGAUCGGUCCUGUCAUGGAGCAGCCACAAUACAACAUGUUGGCAAGGGACAAGGUGGAAAGGCAAUUUGCGUUGCUGUACGAGAAUUAUGGCCUCGGGUUGACCAUUUUCAGUCCUCUGAAAACAGGAAUUCUCACGGGCAAGUACAAUGACGGCAUCCCCGAGGAUAGCAGAAUUGCGAAGGCGACAGAAGGAUAUACCACCAGUCAGAGGGAGAGUUACGGGAACGAAGAAUGGCAGAAGACCUUAACCCAAGUGAAACAGUUGAAGCCAGUCGCCGAAAAGCUAGGGACUGACCAAGCGACACUUGCGCUGGCCUGGGUUCUCAAGAACCCUCAUGUUAGUUCGGCCAUCACGGGUGCUUCCAAGGUCGAGCAAGUAUGGAAGUCGGUGAAGGCUCUGGACUUGCUUCCCAAACUUGAUGACACUCUGAUGAGCGAGAUUGAUGAAAUCCUAGGAAACAAACCGACACCAUUGUAUAGGAGGCUGUAGAUAGACAGAAGCAGCGCAAAUGCUUCAUUGAAACAUAUAAUUCCAG